CGAGAAAAUGCAGAGGUUUCUGGAUUUGGACGACCCGGAAGGCGCCACUCUUUUUCGUCAGAUAGAAUCGGACGUGUUCAAGAUCGCACACAUGACGACUAUGUAUUUUAUAUGAAGCGAAAAAGUGUACUCAUCCUCACGAAAGUCGGCUCUUUCUAAGUAGGAAAAAGCCUCUUUUCUUGAGAAUGAGCGUAUUUUCUCCUGUCAUAUUUCAAGCGGAGUCAGUCGCAGACGCGUGCAAGCUACGAACUUGUGCUCCGAAGACAAUCCGGAGCAGAAUUUUACGAAGAGAAUCAAAACUAGUAGAUUCACAGAGAUUUUUGUGUCUGUACUACCAGCAUAGAACAAACAUAUAAGGUAUUAAUAUAAUAACAAAUCUAGGGACCAAAGGAAACUGCUACUCACUGUUUUUGUCUUGAAGAUUGGAAAAAGAAAAUUGAAAAAAAGACAAAGCAGGAUCCUCGUAUUCCUGGUAAGCCGCUCCUGUGAAACUUAAACUCAUACACCUACUAUCUACUACUAGCUCCAAAAAUUGACGCGGUUACAGAAACGCAGGCUCAAGCGCCUUGGGAUCGGUGCGAGCGACGAAGCGCGGUCACAAGUUCUGGGUCGGGUGUUCGAGGGGAUACUUUACAACACCCAAUUUUUUGAGGAGGAAGAUGGUACUAGUGAAGAUGAGGGGUUAUCGCCUCAAAAUGCCAGAGCCAGCG